AUGACAGAUGAUCUUGAUGAUGAAGAUGGUAGAGAUUUUUGGAAUUGGAUAGAAACAAAUUAUGAAUUGUCGCUCAUAUCGGAUGUGUUAAAUACAUUUUUUGUGAUUGAUAAACAAACAAAUGCUGUUCUAGGUACUGGCUCGAUUGUUAAAGAUGAUCGAGAUAUGGGAAAGAAAUAUGGAUUAGAUGGAAUAUGGCUAGGAGGCAUCAAUAUUAACAGAAAAUAUCGAUCCUGCAACUUGGGCACAAUUUUAGUUCAAUACCUUCAUCAAUUUAUACAACAGUCACUAACUCCUGAUGAACAAAUCAUCGUGAAUUUAUUUACCGAUAGUGAACAGGCUAAGCAAAUGUAUAUAAAACUUGGUUAUCAAUCACAUGGACAAAUUGUAGUAGAACAUUUUAAUUCGCAAGAGGAAUUAUUUCGAAAAAUUUUCAAAUAA